UUGAUCCAUAAAAAAGCCAUUGAUGAAGUGAAGAAGUAAGAAAUGGAGUUGAUCCUCACAUCUCUGGUUUCCCUACUCUUGCUAUGGUUCAUUACCCGAAUCUUCCUCAAAUCUUCAACCAAAAAAAACCUCCCCCCUUCUCCCUCAAAGCUACCGAUAAUCGGAAACCUACAUCAGCUCACCUCGCACCCUCACCGUGGCCUCCACUCCUUAGCCCAAAAACACGGCCCACUCAUGCUUCUGCACUUCGGGAGUGUCCCGGUCCUGGUGGUCUCCUCCGCAGACACGGCCCGCGAGAUCAUGAUAACUCACCACACCAACUUCGCCAACAGGCCCCUAUUCAAGGCUAUGAAGAAGCUCUUCUAUGACUGCAAAGACGUGACUUUCACCCCCUACAGCGAAUACUGGCGCCAGAUGAGGAGCAUAUUCGUCCUGCAGAUGCUGAGCAACAAAAGGGUUCGGUAUUUCGGGCGCGUAAGGGAGGAAGAGGCGGCCCUUCUCGUGAAAAGGAUCGAGGGGUGCGUCGCCGCCUCGGCCCCCGUGGAUCUGAGGAGACUGAUUGCGGAGACGAAUGGCCAAGUGAUUUUCAGGUCGAGCUUCGGUGGGAGAUACGGUGAGACAGAGAAUGGGAAGAAGCUCUUACGUUUGAUUAGGGUUUCCAUAGGGCUUCUUGGAGAAAUUCACAUUGGUGAUUUUAUUCCGUGGCUUGGAUGGAUUGGUCGUGUUAAUGGUUUUGAUAAAAGGCUUGACACCACUGCCAAAGAGAUGGAUCAAGUUUUGGAGAGUGUGAUUCAAGAACGACAAGAGACGGGCCAGGAUAGAGAUGGAGAAGAUGAUUUUUUGGAUAUUUUGCUUCAAAUCUACAACCAAGAUGUCUCCAUUGGUCGAGAUAGUAUCAAAGCCUUGCUUUUGGAUGUAUUUGUUGGUGGUACUGAUUCAAUCUCUACAUCUUUGGAAUGGACGAUGUCGGAACUCUUACGACAACCUAGGGUGAUGGAGAAGUUGCAAUCCGAGGUACGAGGUAUCGUUAAACAGAAGCAACGCAUAACUAAAGAUGAUCUAGAGAAAAUGGGGUAUAUGAAGGCUGUGAUCAAGGAAAACAUGCGUCUCCAUCCACCAUUCCCACUUUCACCGAGAAUCGCAAGCAAGGAUGUGCAGAUCAAAGGGUACGACAUUGCAGCCGGAACCAUGGCGAUGGUCAGCAUGUGGGCCAUUGGGAGGGAACUCAUCUCAUGGGACGAACCGGACAAGUUUAUGCCGGAAAGAUUCUUGAAUUCUUCAGUAGAUUUCAAAGGCCAAGAUUACGAGUUGAUCCCAUUCGGAACCGGAAGAAGGGCAUGCCCUGGGAUUGGAUAUGCUACCGCUUCAAUGGAGCUUGUGUUAGCCAAUCUCAUGCAAAAGUUUGACUGGAAAUUGCCUAAUGGGAUUUUGCCUAAACACUUGGACAUGACUGAGAGCUCAGGAAUCACUGUCCAUAAAGCCCUCCCUCUUCUUGCACUUGCCUCUCGUGCUCAAUAAUUUCGACAAAUUUUAUAAUUUCUUUGUCCAUAAUAUAUUAGGAGUCCCUUUCUCUG